AGGACAUUCAGAGAUCAUGGAACGUGGCCUAAAAAGGAAAGACACUAAAUCCAAUUCCUCGGAACACCACCAAUUAAAAAAGAGUAGAACUUGCAACGACUCCCAAUAUCAACUGACAGAAGGAGACGUUAAUUCAGCGAAUGGUCACGUGGUUCACUGGAACUCUCUGCCUAUCAAUGUUAUGAUAGUUAUUUUUGGAAAAUUGGCUGCCGGGGAUCUAGCACAAUGCUCGUUAGUAUGUAACUACUGGCAGGAAAUAUUACAAGAUGACUACGUGUGGAAGCAGCUAUUUUCUCUUCACUGGAAUGUAGCUCCCACAACCCCUCUCCGACCAGACGUCCAGGAAUCCUCGUGGCUUUCAGAAUACAAACGCCUGCAUAUCCUGCAAAACGGCUCUGCAACGGUGACUUGCAACGUUCACCACGGUGAAAGUGUUUACGAUCUGACCUUCUCCCGAUCUGGGAAAUAUUUGUGUACGUCUUCAAAACGAUUCAUCGUCAUGUGGUCAGUCGGUGAUACCAUUGAAGUUUUCAACAAGUUGUAUAUUUCAUGUAACGAGAAGGCAGAUCAAGGGAUACAGAGGGACACAGAAUCUGGGAUACGUUACACUCUUUUUAGUGAAACUGACGAAUAUUUAAUGAUUUUUGGAUUACAAUUGCAGCUUGACGGAGAGGAGUACUCUGACAAAAUGUUUCAAGUUCUCAUUUACACUUUUCCUGACUGUUUUCUCGCAAAGACCGUGGAUUGGUGGGAUAAUAAUUGUGAUGCUAGUCCUGGUUGGUUGGGUAGAUCUACUUUUAUAAUCACCGAGUUAAAUGAAUCAGGAUAUGCAGGCAAAUUAAUGGUAUGGUCCGUGUUCAAGCAGCAUAAACCGAAAGAAAUUGUGAAUGUAGACUAUGACAUUGAAGAUGUGGCUGUGAUGAACAGUAGAAAUGGAUUGCAAAAACUUCUUUCAUUUUGCUAUGAUGAAGAUGAGCGACUUGAUGAGGAUGAUGAUGAUGACUUUGUGGACUAUACAGAAAAUCGUCACAAAAUGUCGUUUUAUGUUGUGAAUUCGGACCUACCCUUGAAAGAGCAUGUAUGUAACCCAAAGCGAUUCUGCUGUGUAGAAUCAAAGUAUUAUUCACCUAAUCCAAAUCAUUAUUCAUGUGAUCGUCAUCCUGUGAUGGACAAACACUUUGGAGCAGCAAUUCGUCAGGUCGAUGAUAGUUUGACGGACAAUUUUGCAGUCGUUUGUAGACCGAUCAGGGAAAAUUGUGAGGGUGGCAAGAUCAAAUAUUCUAAAGAAAAGUUAGACCUAAGAAUUUUCGACCUCAAAAUGAAUUUGAUGAGGGUUGUGCCUCUACAGUCAAUGGUUCCACCCCAGCUUUAUUUAUUCGACCACGAUUAUUGGUUGGAUGAACAUUUUAACAGUUUGAUGAUAUCAGGUGAUUUGCACCCAGGACUGCUUCACUAUUAUGAUCUUCACUAUAAUGUUCAUAUUAAAAAGAAAACAGGUCACACGGAGGGUUUGAACUAUGCUGCUUUCGCUCCAAAUACACCGUUUUUACUUUGCACUGUUUCUGAUGACUAUUUGAUUAAGUUUUGGGAUUUUAGAUCUAAAUAAAAUAAAUUAGAAAAUUAUUAUCUUUGACGGGUUAAAAACGGUUUCUUUCUUUUAUUUAUUCUCUUGUUGUUUACAGGGUCUUUUUUAGCAAUCAAUUACAAAUAUAUUAAUUUGUUCCCCUCACUAAUGACCAAUUACUGGUUUCAUAAUUAUUUAUUAUUUACUAGGUAUAGAGUAUAGAACCAUUAUCUCCGAUUUUUUAUUUAUCAAAUAAAUCUGCUUGAUUAUGAUAAUAAUUGUUAGAUGUUGUUUCGGAUUGAUUGUUUAACUUAUUAAUGUUUCAUAUUUAAACAUGACUAUUUGAAAUGACUCACAUGUAGUAUUAUGACUCACGAGUCUCACAUUAUUUUAUCACUUUUAUCCAAGUAAAGCAACUUGACAUUUGUGUUCAACUGUAUGCAGCUCAAAUUGGUCUAUUUUAAAUUGUGUCGGGGUCAACACGGCACAUACUUCCGUACACAGGAAAUAUUUGUCCGAUGUAUUAUAAUAUCAUCAUUCCACUGUUGAAUCUCAUCCUUUCUACUCUCACAUUUUCAGUCGAGGAUCCCUCCUCUCACAGUUGGCUCUCUCUCCCAGCCCCCAUCUCGAUGGCUGUGUUAACUUUGCCAGACUGUGCAAUGUCUCAGAAGACAGCAUAGUCAAGUUUUGGGGUUUCUAAAGUCACAAAAAAAGUAUUUGUUGGAAAGUAUUUGUUGGAAAGUAAGUAAGUUUUUAAAUAUUAUAUGAACUAAUUUAAAUAGGUAGAAUAUUUAAAGGAUUAACAUGGUAAUCAUGGUAAUGAUUGAUUGAAAGCCCCUCGUAAGGACAAUCCUGAAAAACCUAACUUCUAG